AUGAAAUCCUCGCUUCCAUAUCCGAUCCCAUAUUCGAUGGCAAAUACACCAAGGGAGGGCAGCACCUUUGGAAACCAGCUGUUCAUCAUUGCGAUUUCGCUAAAGUUUUACCUUGAAAACGAAAUGAAAGAUCUCAGCGAGCCUCCUUUAUUCUUUACUGAGGAGAAUAUAUAUUCCACUCUGGAUCUCUAUCACUAUGAAUUGUUGCAAGAAAUCAAGAGAAAACCCAAGUUAUCUGUUUUUGAGCUCUUCAUGCUUUUGAGGAAAAAGAUAUAUGAAAAUGACGACACUCUCAAGGCUUUUUUGAAACAUGUAGUGAUUGAAAGCAUCAAGACAUCGCCUCAUCAGAUCGUAUCAUCUGCCAUUGAAUUUAUUUUAACCUGCACUCAGGUCCUUGCAUACAGCGGCACCUUAUACAAUUGGAGGAACUUUGAAGUGAUCCCAAAUGUUGAUAUUGAUGUCAGCCAGUCUUAUGUGAUCGAGAGACGAAUUCACAACUCGUUUUCCUUUUCUCCUCGACCUUGCUACACGAAAGAUUACCCUGAAAUUCGAAACUAUGCCGCUCAACGUCAAAAUAUGGGGCUUCUUGACAACAAGAAUGCCCAAUUUGAUGCUUUAUUGGACUUUAUCUUGAAGACCAAUACAACAGCACUGUUUGAUGCCGGAGCUCUUUUGAAGGAUCAUUCCAACUCGCAGGUAGCACACGAUAUUUUGGCUUCAAAGAGAUACAAGUGCGUGGUGUAUUACGAUGAAAAGGAAAAUUUAAUUGUCUAUCAAAUGGAGACUGGUAGAAUUGGGAGAGAUUUGCCUGUAGAGGGCCAGUUUUCGUUCCUCGAAACCAAGUACAAUUUGAAAAACGCCGAGAUUUUCUUGUAUCUUGACCAGGCCCAUUGCUUUGGGACCAAUGUUGAUGUCAACAAUCCAUCUGCAAUUUGCGUGGUUACUUUCUCGACCCUUGUGUACACAAAGAGCUUUUACCAAACGCUCUUGAGAGCCCGAAAGCUGCUGAAUGGAAUUUCGAUUGAUAACUCGUUUAGUUUUUUGGUGAAGCCACGCCAUCAGAUUAAGAUUUUUGUCUCUUCAAUCCUAAAAGACGACCAAGAUAUGCUUUUGACGCUGAGUGCAAAUGACAAGGAAGAAUUGUCAUCGAAAGCGAAAUUUUUUUCAGAGGUUAUAAAUUCUGGCAACAAGACUGCUUUGAAAACAAUUUUUACUUCUGCUCAUUUGAGCCAGCUCAAGAGGGACCGUAUAGAGCGAGAUCUUUUACCUUGGCAAGCAUUCUUUUCGAAGACUUUGAAAAUCUUUUGGUCCCCCGCAUAUUCCUCUGCAGGCAAUCGAAUUCCCAACUGGGACAGGAUUCUCAACCUGAAUGGUCAAAAAUCGAUUGAUCAGAUUAAAUGGAUCUUUUUUUGUGAGAGCAUGCCAAAGCCUGAAAUUUUAAAAUUCUUUCAAGCUAGCCAGGUAGGGGAGAUUUUCCCCCCCGCCUUUGAGAUGCCUUCCAUACCAUCGCGCUCCAAUAAUCUCACAUUGGAUAUCGAGACUGUUGUUCAAUCGACGCAAGAGCGGCAAUCUAUCCAAGAGCAGGAACAGAUUCAUGAAAGCGUGGAAGACACAAAUGUAUCCCCUGCAGAGCGAUCGCCCUUUGGAAUCUCUGAUGCUGAACUGCCUAAUUUAAGGGUGAGUUUUACAAAAGACUUUGCAACAACCGUUGUUGGUCGCCUCGAUUUGAACGAUACCUACACAAAAUAUCCGGUGUUUGUUGAUACUUUCAAAGGAAAAAAGCUAUUCGCCACAAUGAACGAUCUUUCUGAAAAGUUAAACGACACCGCGCACUUUUUCUUCUCCCCUGCACUGAUAAACAUCUAUGAUCUGAAUGAAUUUGACUUGGAAGACAUGCUUCACUAUCUGACAUACUCUGGUAGUGCCGUUGGCUUUAUGAAUCUUCUAGAUAGCUCUAAGGUGCUGAGAAGUCUGAUUUUUAGUUUUAUCGCAGCUCAUGAGUGGAUCUUGCAGAACUGGAUCUAUUUUGCAAGGAAAUUCAAAAAACCGUCUUCAUUGAGGCUAUUAAGGCGUAUACAAUCGCAGUUUAAAGAUAGCACCAAGUACGAUUUCACAAACGUUGCCAUAAAAGCAACUAUUUCUGAGCGGAAAUUGCGUCUCAGAUUUUGUGCAAAGGACUCCAAAAAAUCGACAAAUCUGGAUCAGUUUAAUUUGCAUUUUCUUCUGGAUGAUGACAAAGCUUGCAAGGCAAUCAAGGGUUAG